UAUAUAUAUGACCAACUUGAUGCAAAACUAGCGCACACAUCAUAUACAUCAACUAAAUUGGUGUCUACUGAAGAAAACAUGAUUUCCCUAAGUGAUUCUUCACUUCUUUCAGCACCACUUCUGAUACUAAUUUCAUUGCCUAUCUUCUGGUGCCUGUUCAUGCUGUUUAUCAAGUCCGGCAAGAAAACACCCCCCUUGCCCCCGGGACCGCGAGGCUUGCCAAUUCUGGGCUACUUCCCUUUCCUUCGCCCCGAUUUGCAUAUUCAGUUCACUGAACUGGCCCGCCAAUAUGGUCCAAUCUACAAGAUCUGGCUGGGGACCAAACUCUGCAUCGUGAUCAGCUCACCGUCCCUCAUAAAAGAGAUUGUUCGCGAUCAUGACACCAUUUUCGCCAACCGCGAGAGCACUGUUGCUGGACCCAUUUGCAGCUACAACGGAAAUGACAUAGGCUUCUGUCCUUACAACUCUAGCUGGCGCACGAGGAGAAAACUCUUUGUACACGAUAUGCUGAGCAAUAGCAGCCUUGAUGCUACUUUUCAUCUUCGGAAAGAAGAGGUAAGGAAAGCGAUUAGAAACAUCUAUAACAAGAUCAAUACCCCUGUUAAAAUCUGCGAACUAGCUUUUGGGAUUAGUAUGAAUACUAUAAUGAGCAUGGUGUGGGGAAACACCAUUGAAGGGGAGAAGAAGGACAAGAUUGGGGCAGCAUUCUCGUCGCUGGUGGCAAGUUCUUUUGAUUUGUUGGGAAAGUCAAACGUGUCGGAUUAUUUUCCGAUUCUUGCCAGGUUUGAUAUUCAAGGAGUGGAGAAAGAAAUAAGCAACAUUAUGCAAAGGGUCGACGAGAUUAUCGAAGAUAUCAUUAACGAGCGCACGAAGGUCGGAGGAGGAGGCAACAAGAACGGUGGGAAAUUGGAUUUUCUUCAAAUGCUUAUGGAGUUGAGUGAGAAACAAGAUGUUAAGACGGAAAUUGGCAAGACACAGAUCAAAGCCAUGAUCACAGAUAUCUUAAUAGGCGGGACAGACACUUUAUCAACAACGAUUGAGUGGGUAAUGGUCGAGUUUAUGCGCAAUCCAAAAGUGAUGGAAAAGGCACACAAGGAACUAAAUGAAGUUGUUGGAUUGAACAAUAUAGUGGAAGAGUUCCAUAUCCCAAAGUUAGUCUAUUUGGACGCUGUCAUAAAAGAAACGCUACGCAUACACCCAAUAGGACCCUUCUUAACCCCAAGAACUCCUAGCCAAUCCUGCACUGUGGGAGGGUACUCUAUCCCAAAGAAUUCGUCGGUCUUUAUAAACGUCUGGUCUAUUCAACAUGACCCUCUUGCUUGGGAUAAUCCGUCAGAAUUUAUGCCAGAGAGAUUUUUAGGCGAUUCUGAGAAAUGGGAUUUUAAUGGGCAAAAUAUUAAUUAUAUUCCGUUCGGAUCAGGGAGAAGAAUUUGUGCUGGACUACCACUGGCAGAGAGAAUGUUGAGGUAUGUAUUGGCUUCACUUCUGCAUUCAUUUAAUUGGCAGGCGCCAAAGGGUGAAAUAGUGGACGUAGAGGACAAAUUUGGGUUGGUAUUGAGGAAAAGGAAUCCGUUGGCUGCUAUUCCCAGUCCUAGGUUGUCUAGUAAGAAUCUCUAUGUGUAAUUUCAUAUUCUAAUUAUGUUGGUAUAGUAAUUAGCAUAUGUAUAACCGUUAUUACCUAUCACUGUUCAACAUGUUAUAAAUAAAUACGACGCUUCUUUGGUUCCA